AUGGCUGGUCUUGUGGACACGCGCCUGCUGGGACGACCGAACAAGUAUUCAGGCAAUCGAGAUGAGUUUCCGACUUUCAGAUAUCAGCUGAUCAGCUACCUUGGUGCGAUUGACCCGAGGUUGGCAUCAGCAGUGACAACGGCAGCCAGCCACAACACGGUCAUCACGUUGACCGAGAUGGGAGACGAUAGCAAGCAGUAUGCAGCAACGAUGGGAUACAUUCUGUCACAGUUGUUGGGAGGCAGCGCGCUCACCUUGGUGACGCAGCUGCAGCUGUUAGUGAACACAGAGUUUUCAGGCAAAUGGGAGACCUACGUCGAAGAGCUCACUAACUUUCUGUUGGACGUCAAUCGGUACCAAGAGAAGUUCAGUGAGAUGAUCUCGGACACCCUCAUCCAGGCUAUGAUCAAGAAGAACACGCCCGAGCCGCUCAGGACACAAGUGAUGAUGCAGACAUUCACGUCUUAUCAUAUUCUACGUGAGACCUGCGAGUCCUUCGCUCAGCAGAUGAGCCAGCGAGACAGGAAGACGGCUCAGAAGAAGUUCGACCCCAAUGCCAUGGACGUAGACGCCGUCGGCAAAGGUGGGAAGGGCGACUCCAAGGGGAAGGGCUACGGCAGGUCAGACAUGAAGGGCGGCAAGGCGGGUGGCCAAAAGGGCGCAGGGGGCCGAGGCGGCAAAAGCGACGGUAAAGGCAAGACAAAGAGUAAGAAGGGAGAGGUGAAGUUCUUCGACGGAUGGUACUCUAACCCACACUGUGGAAACUAUGGGCACAAGAUGGCGGAUUGCAGGAAGUACGGAG